CAUCUCGUUUGGCACGCCAAGCGGCCUGUGCCCGGCGGAUUCUGCUGCGAUUGGGUCGACCGGCUGCCCGGAGCCCGCACGCCGCGUCCGCGCCAGCAACACAAACACAGCGAUCGGCUCUUUCACUGCUGUCGCGGGCAUCGUCUUGGCGCCAUCGGUGAGGCGAUGUGGCAAGCCGCAAAGUCAGCGGGCUUGCGCAGACGGAAUAUAUUCCAAGCACUCGUCCUCCGGCUCCCCCCCUUCGUCGACAUCCUCCCUGGCCUGAUCUCGCUUCCCUGUCGCUGCUCCGGCCCAAGACUCCGUGUCCCGCAUGCACUCCAAGCUGGCUUUCUUCCUGGCGCUCGCUCUGGCGCUGGCCCAAGUCGCUCUAUCGCAGAUCGUCUAUCCCGUUGGCACAUCCAAGGUGCUCGUCUAUGCCGACAAGGGCUCCGAUGGUCGCCCCAAUCUGCGGCUGCAGGUGCCUUCCUCGCUCUCCUGGUUCGGCAUCGGCACCGGGGCUCAAAUGUCUGGGUCCGAUAUGCUCAUCGUCUGGAGAAACUCGGACGGCUCUGUCACAGCCUCGCACCGCACCAGCACCGGGCACAAUACGCCUGUGGAAACCAAUCCAUCGGCCAUAACGGUGCUGACGAACCAAGCCUCGAGCUCACCGACCCCAACCGGCAGCUUUGUGGUGACAGUUGCGGUCCCAACGACGUGGGCCAGCUCGAGCUCGUUCAUCAUGGCCGCCCUCGUCGGUGCGCCGCCAGCGUCAAAGUCCACAUCGGCCAGCUUUCAACAGCAUUCCAGCCAGACGGCCGUGUUCCUGCAGCUCCUGUCCUCCAGCAACUCGUUUACCCUGAACGGCAACAACCCCAAUAGCACCGGCACGGUUGUCACGGGUGCAGGCAGCUCCGGAACCUGGAUCAUAGUGCAUGCACUCAUCAUGGGCGCAGCCUGGGUUGUGGUUGUUCCGAUCGGAGUCUUCAUUGCCCAGUUCCUCAAGUCGUCGCUUGGGUCCAGCUGGUUUACGCUGCAUCAGGUUUUGAUGGGCGGCGUCACGGGCCUGGGCUCGUUGGUGGGCUUUGGCAUCAUUUUUUACUCGGUUCAAGAAAACGGAGAGUCCCAUUUUAGCAUCGCUUCGCAGGGUGCCCACGGAAUUUUUGGUCUGGUUAUUCUCGGCCUGAUGCUUGUCCAGAUCGGCUUUGGCGUCUAUAUCGACAAGACCUUUGAUGUGAACCGAACCAGGGUUCCGGUGCGCGACAAGCUGCACUGGCAUCUCGGCCGGCUGCUGUUCGUCGCCGCUCUCGUCAAUGUUGUCCUUGGGUGCCUGCUUAUUCAAGUCAGCAUCGUCAUUUGGGCUCUGAUAGCGGUGUGGGUAGUCGCGGUGAUCCUGGUCUUUGGAUACCACAUGUUCAAGAACCGUGGCAAGGACUAUCGCCACCACGACAAAGUUCACAGCCAUGAGUAUUCUCUGGAGCCUGUUGCUCCCUACCAGUAUUGACGGACGUCUCGGCCAUCGGUGCGGCCGCCGUUACGGACCGUCGAUGCCUCACUCAAAGUGCACGUCUUCGCCCUUGAUUGUAUGCCUCGCUUGUUGACGACUAUAUCCGUUCAGACCAUAUCCUCUGGGUGCCUGUGCUGGAGCCUGCAGGGAGACAGGGCUCGUGACGGCCCUCGGGUGAACUCGGCUCGAUGCCCACAACGUGCUUGCCACGGCCAUGAUGUCAUCAGAAGCGAUGUUCCGCCGAUAGCCCGAUGCGGCCGGCGCGUGGUUUCCUCUCGCUGAGGCACCCAUAUCGGUCCCUGGGGUGGAUCGUCCACAUCCAGCUGUUUUGGAGCGAGAGGGCGUCCGCGGACAAGCCCGAUUUCGACCAAACGCCAUCGAGACGCCGCA